CCAGUGCGACGACUUAUGUCAACAAUGUAAUACAGCAAGACCGAUUCCUAUAAACCGUUCCUUUUCAAGAAGAUGAACUCGCAUCUUUCACGUAUUUUUCAUUCUUAGAUUUCAUUAUUACAGAUCUGCUUCAGACUUAGCUACCCUACGUCGACGAUGGCGCCUGCCGAACCUUUGUUUGCAAAUAACAGAAGAGACUCUUCACUCCACUCCGAAGAACGAGCAGCCGAUGAGGACACAGCACUCCUGGUUAGCGGGCAGAAGGACUCUGGUUCUCCUUUGCGGAGAGCCUCCUUUUGGAGAGAAGUAGGACUGUUUACAUGGGCUUUAGUAGCGACUGCUGCUUGUAUUGUCCUCGCAGUCUUCACACAGCACCAAGGACUCUCCCAUGAUUCUGGGGCUGAUCAUAACGCCCCGUCAAAACAUACUGGAAAAAGGAACUUGGUGUUUAUGGUAUCAGAUGGCAUGGGUCCUGCGAGUCUGUCCAUGACCCGCAGUUUUCGCCAGCUUCGCGAUGGCCUUCCUAUCGAUGAGACCCUCGUCCUCGACCAACACCUCAUCGGCUCCUCGCGAACCAGAUCAACGAGCAGUCUUGUCACUGAUUCUGCGGCUGGCGCAACCGCAUUUUCCUGCGGACUCAAGAGCUACAACGGAGCUAUAUCUAUGCUGCCAGAUCACACACCUUGUGGAACCGUUUUGGAAGCUGCGAAGAAAGCUGGCUACAUGACUGGACUUGUCGUUACGACUGAUAUCACAGAUGCAACGCCAGCAUGCUUCGCUGCUCACGUAAACGUUAGACUGGAGGAAGAUCUGAUUGCACAGCAAGAGGUUGGAGAGCACCCUCUUGGACGCGUUGUUGAUAUCAUGCUCGGUGGAGGACGAUGCCAUUUUUUGCCCAAUACUACAGAAGGUGGAUGUAGAGCAGACGACAGAGACAUCACGAAACUAGCCCAAGAAAAAUUUGGCUGGAACUAUGUCGAUAGUCGAAAAGACUUUGAUAGGUUGGAGCUUGGCAAAAAUGUGAAGCUCCCAUUGUUGGGACUCUUUGCGGAGAGAGAUAUUCCAUUCGAGAUUGAUCGACGAAACCAGAACGAUGUUUACCCUUCAUUAAAUGAAAUGGCACAGACCGCAUUGAAGGCGCUCGAAGAUGCAACGGCGGAUAGUGAUAAGGGAUUCUUCCUUAUGAUAGAAGGAAGCAGAAUCGACCACGCUGGACAUGGAAAUGAUCCUGCUGCACAGGUCAACGAAGUACUCGCUUACGAUGACGCUUUUGCGUCCGUUAUCGAAUUCCUCGAACGAUCAGAUGAUGAAGGCGUUUUGGUUGCAACAUCAGACCAUGAGACUGGCGGUCUGUCCGUUGCCCGACAACUUCAUCCCAUGUAUCCGCAAUAUAAAUGGUUGCCCGAAGUUCUGGUCAAUGCUUCAAGCUCAGCUGAACAUUUGGCCGGCCGUCUUAAUAACCAUGUUACCCAGAAUGGAAAGGGAGACAAGCUCGGAAAGUUCAUCAGCGAAGAACUUGUCCGCAAAGGCUUAGGGAUAACCGAUGUGACCGAGCAAGAACUUCAACUUCUUAUUGGCAACCCGCCACUGAGUGUUUAUACUUUUGCAGACAUGAUUAGUCGGCGAGCUCAGAUUGGUUGGUCUACUCACGGACAUAGCGCUGUGGAUGUCAACAUCUAUGGAACGACUGGUUCCGAUGCCUUGCGUGGGAACCACGAGAAUAUCGAAAUCGGUAAAUUCCUCCGCAACUAUCUCGAUGUGGACGUCAAGGCUAUCACGGAUGAGUUGGUAGAGAAACUGGAUACCUUCAGCAUGUCAAACAUUGCUACCAAAACCUGGACUGGACGGAUACCAAGCGAAGAGGACUUGGAGUUGGCUUCGAAUCAUUACCAGCCGCACCAUGGUUAACGUCCAUGGGUAAGUGACAGUCUGAUUGUCUCAUAGACUGCGUUGGCCACCCUCACCUGUAAUUCUAGAAAUACCCGCAUUGGCAUUGCUCUUGAGAAUUGCUUGCUAUCGUCUUCAGAGCGAACGGAGCUGUUUCACGUGAUUCUGGUCAAACGCUUCUCCAAUGGUCACACAACGGAAGAUCGUUUGUGGCAAACUCCUCUUCUCUCUCUCCUGUAUUCUUUCAAUCCCGCGUUUAGCCGCAAGGACCUGGCGAUUCAGAGGCUUUCCUAACGCUGCAAAUACACAAGCUUCAAUCAUACACGCGGUGGCUGGUGUUUGUCAACAUCGAAACGGGCUUGCAAAAUCACUCCAUUGAGAGUAAUCACCAGCCGCGAACAGCUGCUUUUGUUUUACACCUCAGCAUACCCAAUUCAGCAACUUCCUGACAAUCAGUUCUGCAACAAUCACAGUUCCGCGUAUCAUAGUCCCUCCCGCUGUCAUGCCAUCCUCGUGGAGGCAACCUGAUAUGGUCACAGCAUUGAUGUUAGAGUUUGGGACGUAGUCAGAGAUCAGAUGCAAUAACGAAAGCUGGCCCGAAAAGCACCAACGCAGAUUCUACUCAUCGUACCAGUGGCAUGGAAGUUUCCGAAAGGGGACGCGUGCCACGUCCUCAAAUGACACUCUACUUCUAUCCUCGAUGUCAAGUCACCGUCGCAGCGGCAAAACCUUCCAAGUGUCCAUCUUCACCUCACAGCCGAUUACACCUACGACCGAGAAUGUGCAAUUACUGGAGCAUCGAAUCGCCAUGCGGUCACCGAACUCUCCUUGCUGGCUCAAAUUGCUAUCUGAUCUACACUCAGCUCCAGCGCAUCAACGAUCCCACUCAGCAAAGUCACAGCAUCUUGCCAUUCGAGAUACCGCCAGGAUGUAUGCCGAACCAAAGCAAUGUUCAUCACCGAUACACAGCCGAUUUCUGCAGCUUUGAGUGCAGGAACAAUGCACUGUAUGGGGAGAGGUGUGGGACCAGGGAUGCAAGGUAUGGACCUGGGUCUGAGAGAAUUGGUGUUGGAUGGAGGUACUAAGCGAUUAUUGUGACAAGGGAGAGACGGAUUCGCUGGCUUAGAGUCGUAGAUCUUGGGCUAGGAGGAAUGAAUGACUUUGGGCGGCUGUAUUUACCAUCUGUUUGCCAUAUAAGCGAGCUUGGGAGGAAGUCUGAACUGAAUAGGUGGAUAUCUGAGAUUCCUACAGCAUUUGGAAAUUA